GCAACUUAAAUCUGAAAAAGAUUGAAAAGGAAAUUAAACCAAAGUACUACAUAUAUAUGACAUUUAUUUUAAAUUUUUAUAAGUUUUUAAAAAAAAAAUCUAUAUUUGUGUAGCCCUGUUCAGCGAUCAGCUGAUGUUGUUUUGAUUAGCGGCAUAUCAACAUUGGGGAUCGCUUGAAUAAUAAAUUUCUUCUUGGUAAUCAUUUCUUUUCAAUUUACAAAAUAUUUUGAGUCAUGAUUAAAAAAAAGUUUGAAUAUAGCAAAUACGGAGCUUAUUAGAAUCAAAGCUUUACGCGUAAGUAAAUAAUUUAAUGGUAAAUUUUUUGUACAUUCAACUUGGCUAUUUAACAGCGUUUAACCACAGACCUUCGAUUGCCGUUGUUAACAGUCCCAUUUUUUACCGAAAUCAAGUCUUUUUUUAUAAAAUGCUGCCUGUAGGAGUCCAAUUUAAAUUACUACCAAGUUUUUGUUGGCGCAAAGCUACUUUACAGUGCAGGGGAAUGCAUAUUAAGCGCGUGGAACUAUAUAAGAAAUGUUUUCGCAUACUAGGCGUCAAUGAAGCAGCCGACCAAAACACUGUUCGUAAUGCGUACAUCGAUUUGGUGAAGAGAGUCCAUCCAGACUCUGGCCUACCGGAAGCAAGCGCUGAACGGUUUCAGGAAGUAGACGAGGCUUUCAAAGUUCUACAGGAAAAGUUCGCCAAAAAUCGACGGAAUAUUUUUGAAGACGAAGAAGAGGAAGUUUUUGAUAUAAAGCAUACAGCGCCGCAACAUCGUCAGUACCUUAGUUAUGAUGGUGUCGGUGUCGGCAAUCCUUUUCAGAGACAAAAACAAUACCAACAAAUCAAAGCAAUGAAAGCGCAGGAGCGUGUUUUAAGUCAUCGCAUUGAGAAAUCGCAAGCUGGAGAACGUACAAUCAUGAAGAAAGGCACCUUUUAUAAAAAUCACGCAAUCAAAACAAAAUAUGGCUUUGAUCGCAUUUGUGAGGAUCUCAUUCAAGAGGCCAUGGCAAAAGGCGACUUUGACAAUCUGAGAUGUGCUGGAAAGCCGUUGAGUAGCGCGCAAACACAAAAUCCCUAUUUAGAUUUUACAACGCACAAAUUAAAUAAAAUACUACUUGACAACGGUUUUACGCCGGAAUGGAUAACACUACAACGCGAUAUACGCGAGGCAGUUCAAAGACUCCGCGAUGAAUUACGUGCAGAGCGAUGUUUCUUUGGAGAUUAUCCACUUAAUGAAAAAGAAAGCAGCGCUUGGCAGCAAGUAUUGAAGCGAUAUAGUGACGACGUCAAACUAAUUAACAAAAAUAUAGACAAAUAUAAUUUAAUCGUACCUAUACUGCAAAAUCAACUAUUUCGCGUCAAUAUAGAUAAAGUUUCUGAGCAAGUCCUAAGCGAUCCAGAGGCAUUGAAGCAUUUUAAGCGGCAAGAUGAAACUACGAGCGUUAAACAAAACUCUGGAAAUGUUUCAAAAACUGAUAUAUUCUCUUUCAUAGGUUCGUUGUUUUAAAUGCGAAAGAGAUUGGAUAGACCCGAUGGCAAGUUUGAUUACCAACCAUAUAUGUGAUGUUGGGCCGCUGGAGGCUGUAGUGAUAUGUAAAUUUUAUUGGAAUUUUGAAUAAAUUUUUGAUUAUUUGCUUAGCUAAAAUUUGUGUACUUUAUGCGUUUUUAUUUCGAGUUUCAGAAACUUGCCAAUUUUUAUUACAAUCAAAGACCUUAAAAAAAAAGAUUGCAUUACUGUUACAUUCUUAAUGUAUAUAGGGACUUGUGUUCUAAUAUCAUACGGCCGAAAGUUAUAACUGUAUAAGAAAUUUUAACCAAGAAAGACACGCUCUACGCAGCUGCUCCACAAAUUCGUGCUUUAAAGUAGCCUAAGCUUACAUAUCUACAUAUAUCUACUAA